GAGAGAGAGGAGAGGAGAGAGAGAGAGCGUGCAUAAUCGAGCAAGAGAAGGAGAGAGGGGCAACGCCAAAGCCAGAGCCUGGGAGGACAGAAAGAUAAAGACAGACGGAACGAUAUACGUUUAAAAAAAAAAAAAAAAAGUAGUUAAGCCCCCUUCUUUAUCGUUUUCUUUCUCACUUACCAGCAGACAAAAUAUUUAAAAAAAAACACUGCUUGGAUGAAGCAAAACCUAUCGAUCUGUCCGCACUACACCUGGACUCAGUGAGCGUCGCACAGCAGGCAUGUCCCGCAGGAAGCAGAGCAACCCCCGGCAGAUCAAACGUCCUCUGGAGGAUGGCCUGGAGGAAGAGGAGGAGGAGUGUAUCUCUGAGGAGAACGAGCUCCUGGCCAAAGUUGAGUUCUCAGCGGAAGAGAACUUCUCUGCCGAGUUUGAGACUGAGAACAUGAGCUGUGGGGACAUGGGGUACUUCUGCAGUAAAGGGGAGGAGGACGGCAAUCGAGAAACAGGAGACCCGGAGGUGGACGGCCAGGCUGAGAAGACAAGGCAUGCUGCAGUGGGGCUGGACGAAUGGGAUGGUCCAAGAGACCUGGACGCAUACCUCAAGGAUGGCGAGCGUCGGGUCCACAGCCGUCUACAGAUGCCUGUGGGAACAACGUGGGGACCUUUCGAAGGCAAGAUUGAGAUGGGUAACGAGAAUAGCACACUGAAGACGAAGAGCAAGGUCCCGGUGGUGCUGAGCAGUGGCCCCAAGUGGCUGCUGGAUGUGACUUGGCAGGGAGCAGAGGACAACAAAAACAACUGUGUGGUGUACAGCAAAGGUGGCCAACUAUGGUGCACCACCACCAAGAACAUGAUGGAGGGCGAGGAGCUGGUGGCGUUUGCGGUAGACUUUGACUCGCGCCUGCAGGCAGUGAACCACAUGUCCCUGAGUGAGGGCAUGUACCCCGCCAGGCUGCUGGACAGCAUCCAGCUUCUACCACAGCAGGCUGCCAUGGCGUCCAUCUUACCCACUGCCAUCGUCAACAAGGACAUCUUCCCCUGCAAAGCUUGUGGAAUCUGGUUUCGGAGCGAGAGGAAUCUCCAGGCCCACCUGAUGUACUACUGCAGCGGGCGGCAAAGGGAACCUGACACCAUCGUUGAGGAGAACGACGGCGGGCCGCACCAGACCUCCAGCGUCUGCCCCUUCCCACAAUGCACCAAGACCUUUUCAGGGGCCAGGGCCCUGGAGAUGCACCUCAGCACGGCACACAGCGGUGUCAAAAUGGAAGAGAGCCUCCCUCCUGGCACCAGCUUGAAAUGCACAAUCUGUAACUACACGGCAGAGUCUCUUAUUACAUUCCAGCAUCACAUCAUGUCUCACCUGUCACAGGCGGCCUUCAGAUGCAAUCACUGCCAUAUCAGCUUUCAGAGCCACAGGGAACUCUUACAGCAUCAGGACUUACACGGACAUGGCAGCAAACUUCACAGGGAAGGCGACGCCACCGAGCAUUCCCCCCGGGGGUCCGAAGAAAGCCUCCAGCAGCAGCAGCAGGCCGGCGCCGAGCUCGCCAACAGGAAGGACGCUCUGCUGGGAAGCCCCAAAGGGGUCCUCAGCAAGGAGACCGGCGCAGACGGAGAGGCGGACAAGGCUGAGAAGAAGCCCAUGCUGUCGGCUCAGAAGGGAGACGCUCACCCGGGCAGCAAAGCCAGUUUCUCCUACACUCGGAUCAAGUCGGAGCCUUCCAGUCCCCGUCUGGCUUCCUCCCCCGUGCAACACAACAUGCCCACAUUCCCCAUGGGCCCCUUCUUGUCUCAGUUCGCCUUCUCCCAAGACAUUUCCGUGGUCCCGCAGGCGUCGGAGAUUCUCGCUAAAAUGUCGGAGCUGGUUCACAGGCGGCUACGUCACGGAGGGAACAGCUACCCCCCGGUCAUCUACAGCCCGCUCAUGCCCAAAGGGGCCACCUGUUUUGAAUGCAAUAUCACCUUCAGUAACCUGGACAACUACCUGGUCCACAAAAAGCACUACUGUAACAGCCGCUGGCAACACAUGGCAAAGUCCCCCGACUUCUCGGCGCUGUCCGACAAGGUCCCCGAGGCGGUGAGUCCCAACGCGUCUGUGGGCAUGUUGAGCGGAUGCCACCCCGCCGAAGCCGACGGUCACCUCAUGCAGUCGGCGUGUCUAAACUCCAGCGUGUUGGACAUGAUCAAAGGGCCCGAGAAGGAUCUGUCGGGACAGGUGAAGAAGGUCCCUACACCCACGGGGACCGAGGAGAGGCUGAACGGGAAGCAGCUGGAGGGAAAGAGUCCGAGCACCGGUUUAGUCGAGAGCGACAACGACCCCAACAAGACCACCUGCAGCGCCUGCAACAUCACCUUCAGCCGCCACGAGACCUACAUGGUGCACAAGCAGUACUACUGCGCCACUCGCCACGACCCACCCAUGAAGCGCAUGUCCUCCAACAAGGUGCCGUCCAUGCAGAGGACCAUGAGAACUCGGAAGCGCAGAAAGAUGUACGAGAUGUGUCUCCCCGAGCAGGACCACCAGAGGCCCCCCAUGGGACAGCCGGGUUUCCUCGGGGUCCCUGCGAUGAAUCCCUGCACGUCACAGGAAGCCGUGGACGGCCUCGGAGACCGUUUCCACCCACGCUGUGACAUCUUUCCGGGUAUGGUACCCAAACACCUGGAGGCCUCUCUGACUGGCACGAAGCCGGUUUUGGCCCCCAAGUGCAACGCGGCGGAGCCCCAAGAGUUGGACACGCCCAUCGAUCUCAGCAAAAAGUGUUCGCCAGUCUCCGACAAGACAUGUAGCUCCCCUAAAAGACUGUUGGACUACCACGAAUGUGCCGUGUGCAAGAUCAGUUUUAACAAAGUGGAGAACUAUUUGGCGCACAAACAGAACUUUUGCCCGGCUACAGCCGCCGCCGCUGCCGCCGCCGCCGCUCAGAAGUCACAAGGGCCUCAUCAGCAGCAGGAGCCUGUCAGUAUGGACACGAGUGUGUUCCCUGAGGUGAAGAGCGAAGGCAAUAACACUGAUGAGGCGUUCGAUAAGAGCCCGAGUAAAUGUGAAAAAAACCUCAAUGGGAAGGCGCUGGUGCAGAAUGGAGGCGUCUUCCCUCCCGGUCUCAAGCCUUUUGCCGAACCUCAGCUGAUCCCGUCGAAAGAUGACAACAAGAACAUGUAUCUGCCCCACUGCCUUUACCCUGGAGCAAUAAAGAAGAUGAAAGGUCCGGAGCAAAUAUCGCCGUACUUUGGGAUAAAGCCAUCCGAUUACGUGGGUGGAGGGGCAGCGGUGCAGGGGGAGGCCAGCGAACAGGAGCAGGGGGUCAACGGAGGAGGAGUAGGAGGUGCAGCUGAGGCGGCACAAACCCAACAACCCGCUGCUAACGGCUGCCCCCAUCCUGGCAAGGAGCCUCUACCGCUGCUGCCCAAAAACCGAGGCAUGGUCAUCGUCAAUGGCGGGCAUAAGCCGGAAGAACGUUCCAGCUCGGCGCCGCAACAAGAGACCCAGCCUCAGCCGGACGGCCCGACCCCUAACCCUUCACCCACGUGGACCCCCGAGAACCCCGCCGACUCCAACGAGAACAUGUCACCUUCCUCCAAGUCCCCGACCGAGGAGGCAGCCCCCACCGCCAACAAAGGGGUGAACGGUUCCGGAAGUAGCAAGUACUGUCGCCUGUGUGACAUCCAGUUCAACAACCUGUCAAACUUUAUCACUCAUAAGAAGUUUUACUGUUCAUCACAUGCUGCCGAGCAUGUGAAAUAAGAAGAGCUCUUCCUCCACCCCAACCUUCCGCUCCCAUAUUUAACCCCCUCCUUUGUUUUGGUACACUGUUUGUGUCUGGAAUAGUGCAUCAUGCAGUGCUAAAAACUGCUUGUGGACAAUCAAGAGAAGCUUCUCCUUUUCAUCGUUUUAAGACUGAAACAUGCAAAAACCGUCGGUUCGACUAUAAAAAGAGAAAUGAAUCAAGAAUAAUAUCGGUGCCACUUUCACCUUAAUUUAUUUCACAAUCAGUAUUAAUGAGUAGUGACUUUAAUUUAAAUUCAAAUGAAAUUUAUAUCAGAGUUGUUUGUAAUGUUCCUGUAUAGUCAUUCUUGUGUAGCACACAUAUUGUUUACAUUGUAACGUAGGCUCAAUGAAACAAUAAAACAAAGAGAUGCAUUUUAGACACAAAAAUAGCGACUGAGGCACUUGUGUAUUCUUAUUUGCUGUAACAAAUUCACUAUAUGCCCUAAAUGUCGCCCAUUCACAUUUGGCAUAUUCCCAUGGCUUUGCAUUCAUAUGUGGCUGUUUGUCCCCGUCUUUUUACUUCAAACCGAUGUUGGUGUUUUCAUAAAGAUGGCAGCAAUCUUGUACAGUACUCCUCUUUCUGUUUCAUGAUACACUUUGCUCUCCCUUUUGGAACAUUUGCUCUCAAUGCAAUACUUUGUAAAUGAGGGAACAUUACUGAAAGCAGUAUUAUCAACUGGGGACUGUGCAUAUAAAUAUUUGUAACCCUUCUGGGUGCAAAAAAAAAAAAAAGACAAGAAUUAGGUUUAUUGCUGACGAACAAGGUGGGGGGGAGGUCAGUGGGAAUACUGAUGAUCAUUCCAAUGUCCUGAACAUGUUUCUUAAAAUGUUGUUGCUAUGCAUGUAUAUGGAUGGAAUUGAAUUCCAAAUCUGUUGGACAUUUUUAUUUUGAUGUGGUGUCAUAAUUAAACUUAAAUCCUCAGGAUGAAA